AUGGAUGAUAGUCCGAGUCUCCAGUGCCAACCCGAGGGAAAGGGUGCUUACUCGCGAGAUGAGGUCGCACUCCACAACCUGGCUGGUAACCUUUGGGUAGUCAUCGAUCAGGACGUAUAUGACUUGUCCAGCUUUCAGGACGAACAUCCUGGCGGAGCGAAGAUACUUCUGGGUGUGGCAGGGAAGGAUGCAUCCAAAAAGUUCCACAAAUAUCAUCGGAUUACUGUUCUGAACAGGUACAAAGAAACACUCCAAGUGGGAAUCUUGGAUCCUUCUCUAGGUGCUUCCAAGACGAAAGGCCGCUCUCUCAGUUCGUUAUUUCGAACAAAAAAGGGUCAAUCAUCAACUUCGAGCGCAGGCAUAUCUAGAGAAACUAAAACAUAG